AUGAAUGAAGAAUAUGGAGAUGCAGCUGCAACAAUUCGGCUCUACGAUAACCGAUUUGCAAGCGACGGUCACUCAGAUCCAAGAACAGGUUGGGACUCAAAUCAGGGAGCAAUUGCAGGGGUUCAUGAUGAUGUUUACCAGACAACACUCGGGGAAGAAGGUAGUGAAGGAGAUGAGGAGAUGAAUGAGAUGCUUGAAGGAGUAAAGGAGGAUAACAGGGAGAUAUCUGUGCCUGCAUUAAGAAGACUGACCAAUAGCAAGAUUAUCAAGAAUGCAGGAGGAGACAUUAACAGAAUGAAGGGAAAUGUUGACUCUUGUAAAAAAUUUCUAGGAGAUGUGAGGUUUUUGAUUCAAGGGUCACUACAAGAAAACUUGCAAAAGGCCAAAGAAAAGAAUAAUGGGCCUCAAUUUGAUGAUGAUGAUGAGAUUGAAGAGAUCCAACAUUUUACAACUAAAGAUGGUAAAAGUGGUAGUUCUGCAUCCUCUAAAGGAAAGAGAAAAAUUGGAGAGAUGACAUCAUUUUUCAAGUAUGGAGUUCAAGAUUCUAAACAACCUUCCAUUAAGGCUUGUGUGCAAAGUAAAGAAAGAUGGCAUGUCAUUGACAUGGCAAUUGCUUUAUGGUUUUAUGAUGCAUGUAUUCCAACAAAUGCAGUGAAUUCUCCAUUUUUUCAGAAAGCAGUUGACAAAAUAGCUAGUAUGGGCCAUGGAUACAAGGCUCCUAAUUAUCAUGCAUUGCGUGUUAAUUUAUUGAGGGAUGCAAAGACACAAAUCAAGCUAAUUAUUGAUUCUUUUCGAUCACAUUGGGCUGAAGUCAGAUGCACAAUUAUGGGUGAUGGAUGGACAGAUACUAGGCAAAGGCCGUUGAUUAACUUUUUGGUGUAUUGUUCAAAGGGCCUAUCAUUCACCAAGUUUGUUGAUGCCUCAAAUUUCAUAACGGAUGCUGAAACAUUAUGUAAUCUUUUUGCAGAGAUUGUUGAGUUUGUUGGUCCAAAUAAUGUGGUUCAUAUAGUGACAGACAAUGGUGCUAAUUAUAAAGCUGCUGGGAGGAAACUUUCAGAGAGAUAUCCUACUAUUCGAUGGUCUCCAUGUGCUGCUCAUUGUAUCAAUUUGAUUAUGAAAGAUAUGUUAAAGAUGAAUGAUGUGAAAAAUGUUGCUACUUUAGCUUCAAAUGUCACUGUUUUCAUCUACGAUCACAAAUGGACCUUGAAUUAG